CCUGGUAGCUUCUGGCAACUACUUCACUGAUUCACUUACCUUUAUUUAUUGACCUGUUAUGAAUAUAGAGGAUUGGAUGUUAUAAAUUGGGGGAGAAUAUGCUUUUAAUAUCUGGAAACUGAUACAAAAAGUUACAUUUUAGUUUUACUUGGAUGAUCAUGUUUUAAUGAUAUGUUGCUUUGUGGAUGGGGAAUAGCGUAUCCAAUUUAUUAUGUAAUGUGUUUAAAAUGUGAUAUUUUGGGGGUUUAUUUGUUAGGCAUGAAUAAAUGUGAGAAUAAAUUUGUGAUUUUGAAUGUAUGAAAGUGAUAUACAAUACAAGUGUUCAGAGUGAAAAUAUGGUACAAACAUAUGAUGAUGUGACAAGAUUUUGGCGAGAAGAGCGUGAGGAAGGUGCCAUUUAUAAUGCCUACUUAAAGAAAGUCACAUACCAUACACUCUCUGAGAAUGAACACAAGGGAAGUAAUGAGUUUUCGCACCUUAUGUGGGAGACACAGAAAUAUCGUGUCAUCAAGGCUGGGACACUCGAGAAACUUGUAGAGUACCUGUAUAUCAAGGGUGAGAUGGACUCUACAUAUACAAAUGUCUUCCUAGCCACCUACCGUACAUUCAGUACAAUAGAGGAAGUCAUAGAUAUAUUGGUAGAACGUUAUAUCAACAUGAAAACAAAUAAAGAUACCAAAAAUGAACUUCAAGAUAUACAGUUGAGAACAAUCAAGUCUGUAUUGUCUAUGUGGAUUGAUACAUAUCCAGAUGAUUUUCGUGACCCACCAUCUUACCCCUGUCUUGCCAAACUAGAAAAAUUUGCCCGCCAGCAUAUACCAGAAUCAGACCUUGGUAUUCGGGCGAAGCAUAAAAUUGAUAAAUUCAGAAAAGAAGAUAACAGCAAAUCUGACUCAAAUAUAGAAUUCCACUUUAACCUUGUUGAGGAGGUUGAUCAUCUUAUUGAAGCCGAGUACCAUAAACCUUUAAACUUCUGUGAUAUACCCAACCAGACUGUUGCUGAACAACUUACCUAUAGAGAUGCUGAGUUGUUCAAGCAUGUUGUUCCACACCAGUGUUUAGGAGCAGUGUGGGCACGUAGAGCCAGAAAGCAAGGCAAAGGUGGUAAUGUGGCAGGCAGUGUCCUAGCAACCAUAGAACAGUUUAAUAGAGUAUCACUAAGAGUGAUAGCAACUAUAUUGAAAAAGGCAAAUCUCAAAACUUCUCAGCGAGUGAUAAUAGUUCAGAAGUGGAUAGACAUUGCUCAGGAAAUGCGACAUUUAAAGAAUUUUUCGUCAUUAAAGGCCAUUAUUUCGGGUCUUCAGGCCAACUCAGUGUAUAGAUUGAGGAAGACUUGGGGAGCUUUACCAAAAGAAAGCUUGGCAGUAUUUGAAGAAUUGUCGGAGAUUUUCUCCAAUGAAAACAAUCAGCUUGCUUCCAGAAAUCUCCUUAUGAAGGAGGCAACAGCCAAGUUUCCUGAUGUGGAUUCUGCAAAUAAAACUUUACAAAGAAGAAACCGUAUGAAGCGUCAAUCAUGGAUAGAUAAUGGAGUGGUACAAGGGACUGUACCAUACCUAGGUACGUUUCUGACCGACCUCACCAUGAUAGAUACAGCCAUACCAGACACCACCGAUUCUCUCAUCAAUUUUGAGAAACGACGGAAAGAGUUUGAAGUUUUGGCACAAAUAAAGCUGUUACAAUCAGCGUCACAAAUCUACACAUUUCGUGAAGAUUCACAGUUCUGGUCAUGGUUUGAUGCUGUCCGUGUUUAUGAUGAAAAUGAAAGUUAUGAUCUCUCCUGUGCCAUUGAACCAGCUGCUGAUGGAGGUGCAAAAUUGAAGAAAAAAUCUUCCAGUCAACGACCAGGUAAAGCUGACACAAACAGACUGUCCCUGUUUAUGUGUGCAGGGCUGAGCUUGGAUGAUAAAUCAAGUGUAGCCAGUAGUUCUAAUCAGGACUCUCCUGUUUCUCCAAAUGCACAGUUGUCUCAUUCAUCGUCUACCUCGUCUAUACAAUCCUACGACAGCGACAACUCAACACCAUUCAAAUCCUCAGAUGCCUGUGUUAUUAAAGUUUCCUUGGAAACCGGUGCUACUCCAAAAUCUCAUGUUUACAAAAGUAUCAUGUUACAUAACACAGACCAUACAAAGAUAGUCAUACAGAGAAUCCUUGAUAAAUAUGAUAUCAAAGGCAAGGAAAAGGAUUACUGUUUGUUACAAACUCUUCCUGAUGGAGAGUUGAUGAUCCCAGAGAAAGCCAAUGUAUUUUAUGCCAUGAACAAUAAUGGUGAUUAUACUUUUGUGUUACGGACUAAGAAAGAACAAGAUGCUCUUACUCAGAGCAAAAAACGAAGUAAACGAAGACUGAAACUAUCGUUGUCAUAGCAGUAGGUAGUGCAAUAAGUGUUGAUUGAUUC